AUGCCGCACCAGCUAAACCACGACACUCACGGCUACUUGGCUGUAACAUUCUCCCCCAACUCAUCGUUCCUCAACGCCCCAUCGAGCCUGAUCAAUGCUUAUCCGGGAUUGCAAUACCAAGGCCAAGUCGGCGAGCUAAGCGAUGUGCAUCUUUACAGCAUGCCCAAAGACAUCUGGCUGAGCGCUCGGGACGAUGUUCUGGGUGGACUCAAGAAGGAUGGCGACGUUGUCUACGUGGAGGAGCAGGUUCCAAGACAGCGCGUGAAGCGGGGCGGAGAUGAACUGUAG